AUGAAUUCUAAAUUACAAAGAGUUGUAACUUCGUCAAUUAGAAAUAAUAUUGGAACUGAACAAACUAUUUAUGAAAAUCAACAAUCACAAUAUGAUAAUAUAAAAAAUCAUUCUACAGUGUUUAAACCUGUAGCUCAACAACAAUUACCACAACCGCCACAGCAACAGCAGCAGCAAUCAACUUCUAGUUCUAAUUCUCAUUUAGCUAUGCUUUCAAGAGUUCGGAAAAAUGUUGCAUUUGUUAAAUCACAAAACCAUAAUUUAUUAAGAAGAGAAUUACAAGCUCAUCAAUCUUCCACAAUGGAAUAUGGUGCUACUUUAUUAAAACAUUUACUUGAAACUGAUAAAUAUAUGAAUGAAUCUUCCAACUCCAAUAGACCAAACUUAUCAAGAUUCACAUCUCAACCUCAAAUCACAUCGAAGAUGAGAUUUUUAAUGUUUGAUUUCAUUAUGUGUUGUCAUACAAGAUUAAGAUUGUCUACACCAACACUAUUUCUCACUUUCCAAAUUAUGGAUUCAUAUUCAUCCAAGUUUAUUGUUAAAAGUAAUGUUUAUCAAUUACUAGCAUUAACUUCAUUAUGGAUUAGUUCUAAAUAUUGGGACUCUAAAAAUCGUACACCAACUUUGGAUAUUUUACGUAAUUUAUGUUGCAAACAAUAUACUUCAUCUCAAUUCUGUGAAAUGGAAUUACAUUUAUUAAAGGCAUUCGAUUGGUCGUUUUGUGUUACUCCAACUUAUGAUUCAUUUAUUGACUCAUCGCUAUUUUUAAGAAAUAAUAAAGAUGUCACGCCAACUAUCUUAUAUCAAAACCAAGAUGUUUCGGAUAUUAAUAAAGUUAAAAUUGGUGCAGUCAUGUUAUGUGAACUUGCCACUUUUGAUAUUAAUUUAGCAUUUAAUGUCCCACCAUCUCAAUUAUCGAUUUGUGCUGUUGCAAUGAUUACAUUAGCAUUAAAAUAUUUGGAUACUAAUGAACUGGUUAAUUAUGAAAAUUCUGAUGAUCUUGAUGAAUCAAGUAAAAAGAUUUGCAAGAGCUUAUUGGAAAUGGUAUCUGAUCCAACUUUAUUACCUUCUACAUUUAAAUUUAAAUAUUUAAAUGAGCAAUCACCAUCUACUUCAAGUAGUAAAAAAAUCAUUGAUACCUUAAGUAAUUAUUCAAUUCAAAUUAAGAUGGAGGAAUUUUAUAAAUCACAAGAGUUUUCUACUUUUAUGGAUUCUUUAGAAAAAUCUAAGGAUACCAACAAUACUGAUAUCUUUGGUGAAAACGAUGAUGAUGAUGAUAUUACAUUUACUAAUAACAACGAUAGCAAUUAUAUCAGUGAGUCUGAUGGUAGAAGACGUGCCAAUCAUCAGCAUUUCUCAUCAUUUUCAUCCAAUAAUAUUUCAAGUAAUAGUUAUUGGGGUCCAUCUCCAAUCUCUACUACACCAUCCUCAAUUUCAUUUGCGUCACCAUUUAGUUCUACUGAUCGAAUCUCAUCAAAUACACCAGAUACUGUAAAUAGUCCCUACGGAGACAAAUUAUCUGCUAUAUUAUCUCAUAAUUCCACAAACAGUCUUUAUUCCUUCACAAAUUCAAGAUUUCCAUUACCUUCUCCAACAACUCCUGUUUUACUAAAUAAUGAUAUAAUGAUCAAGAGAAAUAAUUCACAAAGAAGAAGUAGAAAUUGGUCUGUUUCAUCGAUGAAAUCACUAAAUUCUACUAGGAAACCAGAAUUGAGUGGCCCUAUCCUGACGACUUCAUUUGUCAAGGGACACCACAAGAGAUCCUCAUCUACUAUGGAUAUCGAUUUCUUUGAUUCGGAAUUAAAUACGAAACGUCAAAACAGAUAG